AUUUAUAUAAAAAUGUACUCAAUAUCAAUCUCAAACUUCUUUUUUAACAAAUCGAAUGUAGAAUACAUACUAAAGUAAGACUUUUUUAUAUUAAUAAUUAGAUUUGAGUGCAGUGGUGAAACAUUUUUAUCAAAAUAUCGUUAUUCUUAAUUAAAAACUCUAGAUGAUUAAUUAGGUAAAACAAAAGCAGAAAAACCAUAAUUUCCAAAACGAUCUUUAUUUGGGAAAACUAAUUAGAAUCUAUCUCGAGUUUAAAAUAGAUAAAUAAAAUUGAAUAAAUAUUUUGAAUAAUUAUGCUUGAUAAGUUAAACAAUGAGUUGUUGUAUAAUAUAAGAUUUUAUCAGAGAAGCAAAAAGGAAUAUCUUUGAUACAUAGGAUUGUGAAACUUUGCAAAUUCAACUAUGAAAAACAGUGAUCA